AUAUAGAAGUACUCUAUUCUAAUUUGGAAAUUGUAUCCUACCAACUCCCCCUCAAAUCUCACAACUCUUUUGGUUUUUACUGAUUCAUUUUUAUUGUUGUUUUCGCCAAGAAAAUUAUCAUGGAUGAUUCAUCUUCUUCAUACAUUCAUAUGGUGCAACACUUGAUAGAAAAAUGCUUGAUAUUCCACAUGACAAAAGAAGAGUGCAUGGAGGCCUUGUCAAAACAUGCUGACAUCAAACCUGUUAUUACCUCCACUGUAUGGAAUGAGCUAGAGAAAGAGAACAGGGAUUUUUUUGAUAAUUAUUCCAAGUCCAAGAAUGAGGAAGACCGAAUGUCUGAGGCAGAGACAAGUGAAAUGAUUCAGAAGAUGAUUUCAGAUUCAUCCAAGGAUUCUCAAGACUAAAAUAUUUCAAACAUAUGCAUGCAACACAAUAUAUUGAAAGGGCUCAUUCCUUGACGACGAAAUCAAGGUAUAUGUAGGGCUGUAGCCUGUAGCCAGUUAAAGGUAGCUAUAACAUCGUUGGUAUCGUUCACAUACUGCCAAUAUUAUAAAAGAUGGAGUAGUUGUAUACAUUGUGGUCCUUUUGUUCUAGCUACUACUCCGUAAUUAUCAAUCAUUGUGCCUAAUUACUUCCUUAAUUGCAACCUAAUAUCUUUUUUGUGGGAUUAUGUAUAAAAUUAAAGCUAGGUUAUGGUACUUUGGUGUAUUAGAUUUUUUUUACGAUUAGAUUGUCAUGUAUUCGAGUAAUGUCAUAUUUAAAUUGAUAAGAAUGAUAUUAGAAUAA